AUGUUCAGCCUGUCGUCAAACGGCCACUCGCGCCGCCUCAGUCUCGCGGGCAUCAGGCAGUCGUCCGCCUCGCCCGCGCCCAGCGCCGAUUCGACCUCGUCCUCCGCACGCAGCGACGCCUCUUCUCCCGCUCCUCGAAAUCGGCAGUCGACGCAUGCGAGGCGGCGGAGCGUAGCCAUCACGCGCGACCUGUUUGCGGACGGGUCGAGGGAUGCCGUGCGGUGCAGGCCGAGCGGGAUGGACGGGCUGGAGGAGCUGCUCGCGAUGGAACCGCCACCGCCUCGUCAGGUUCGUCGAGCGUCUGAGCAGCUUCCGGCGUCGCAGGCGUCGGCACCGGCGUUUCGACGGCCAUCGCUGCCGACGCACUCGCUCGCCUGGCCUGCAACGGCCCCAACGCCCCUUCUCGCGGCCAGUUCACUCUCCUCCGCCUCGCCUUCGUCCGCCCUCUCCCCCUACACCCUUCAACGCCGCUCGUCAGCCUCUACUGCUCUCGAUAGCUUCGAUCUCGGCCCGGCGCCGUCGACCGCACCGUCGGCUCGCGGCAAGUCGGUCAAGCGCAAGCCCGUCCCCGCUCUUGCGCUCGAAGAAGAGGUUGAGACGGUUGCGGACCCAUGCUGGGACGGAUCGGUUCCGUUACAAGGUGCCGCAUCGUCCACGGCGCAACAGGCGCGGCGGGAUGAGUCCAGCGAUGAGGAGUUGCUCGUUCUCGAGCGCGUGAGGAAGAUGAGCGUCGAGGAUGGCGGGCUGGGAAUCGGCUUGCCUGGCUUGGGCGGGUCCUUGGAGGAUCCCGGUAUCUCUGCCGCCUCGUUCCCCUUGCCGCCCCUCGCUUCGCCCAUCUCCUCGGUGUACACCUCGACGACCGCCUCACUCGAGUCGUCCGCCCUCUCUCGCACCACCUCGUCCGCCACUUCCGCCGAAUCUUCCGCCUCGUCUGUCCCUUCCGCUUCCGCCUCGUCUUCCUCCCGCCCGUUCGCGCUCGUCAAGAAGCAGCACGCCAAGCCGACCGUCGCGCAUGAUAUCAUCUUUGGCUCGACUCGCCAGCGGGUUCAGCGGCGCGAGGAGGAUUUGCUGGACGCCUGGAUGGACGUGAUUGUCGGGGACGAUUCUGGCUCCGAGGAUGCGCUGCCGUUCGGGCGGACCAAGCGGCCUGCUCCGUCAUCGAGGCCGUCCGGAUCGAGUCUCACCGCCGCGUCGCUCGCAUCCGUUUCGAGCUUAUCGGCGCCAACCCCUCGACCUCCGCCUGCUUCGUUCGCCCCGCCUUCCACGUCCUCUGCACCGCCUCAGCUUUCACCGGACGCCCUCGCCGAGCUUGCGAGCUCUCUGCCGCCGCUGAUGUACGCCGCGCCGGUCUCGUCGGAUGCGCCAGUCGCGGGUGCGCUGCCUUCACCUCCUCUCUCGGCAUCCGGAGCGGUGGUUGAGGGAGGGGCGGAUGGUGCGAUGGCGACCGAUGCAGCUGGAAGGCCUGGUGCGGAGAAUGGCACUGCGGAGGCCGCGCCGCCUUCGCGCCUUUCGAUCCUCGCGGAUGAGGACGCCGACGCCUGCUCAGACGACACGCACGGCGCUUCGGACGCGUUCUACGAUGCCGAGGAGGAGAUUGACGUCCCCGCGACGUCGCACGAUGUGUCGCCAUCGAUCCAGUCCCUCCCGCGCAAACGGCCUGUCCUCGAGAUCGCCUCGCCUCCUCCGUCUCCCGCCCACCCUCUCCCUUCACCGACUUCGCCUACGCACCCCGAGCCAAAAGGGCGUCUCGUAUCGUCGUCCUGCGGUCUCGACAAGCCGCUUCCGCCUCGGCCGCCGAAGAGUUCGCGGAGGGGUGCGGCGGCGGUGUCGUUUAGCCCAGUCUCAUCGCUGUCGGACGCCAGCUCGACGGGAAGCGGGGAGCUUUCGCAUUUACAGGAGCGUCGCAUGCCUAGACAGGUCGCGGUGGCGUAG